AGCUAUAUGAAUCCAUCAAGGCAAGAUAUCCAUAUUGCUGGAAGCACAUCUUGCUUUCCACACCUGGUUCCCCAGCCUCUGCACUGCCUCCCUCCGGCUGAGCCUCACAGAACUGACCCGCGUCUCCAUGGCGACGCGUCACAAAGCAUCCAAGCGCCUGCAGCAAGGGAUCCAGCUAGAACGAGGGCCCUGACGACUCCCUGUUGAGGCAGGAAUGGCGGCCCUGACGAGUGCCUGUUGAGACAGGAAUGGCACAGCCUGGGCCGGAGGCCCCCUCCCCCUCCCAAUGUGGCCGCAAGAUUCGGCCUGCAGGUAAUACCCACUGGGACUCCUAUGCUACCACGAUGAAGACUGCAUUCACGCCUAAGACAGGAACAAAACCUGCUUUAAUUCGUCAUAAAAGCAUCCGAAGAUUAGGAUAUACAUAUUCACUUAAUGAUUCUCUUCACAAUCGGACACAAUACAAUGAUGAGUACAUUUGGAAGUUACAUUCUAAAGAAGAUUUUAUCAAAUCUAGGACUCCAAGAGAGAUUGGGAGUCACAAUUCUCACUCCAGUCAAGACUUCUUUCACUGGACACUACCUCCAGUUCACCCAACAUCAGUGAAGAGGCACUUCCCUUGGAAAAUCGCUGCUUCGAUGGACAAGGUCAGGAAGGCUGUAUCUAAUCAGUUUAUUUCCCAUACUAGGAGAGACUUUGUGGACAGAGCCGAAGCUCAGAAAAUUAAGCAAAGUUCUCAGAUGUUUCUGGAACGGAAAAAGUUACUUUCCCACCCCACAGACACUGAAUUUCGAUGCAAUUACCAAGUUCCAGCUAAAAUUCCUGAGUGUCAGGAUUUUAGUUUCAAAUAUGGAUGCUACUCACGCCCACCAAUCGCUUCUCAGGGCUUAGUCCCUUCUAUACUCUGCAGCCACAUGAAGAAUCAGGACCGCACAAAGAAGCAGACCACGUAUCAGAGUGACUACGGGAAAGCCGACCUGGAUUUCUUAAUGCUCUUGAACUCAUUUACUCCCUCUCAAGUAACCGAGUACCUGCAAAGUGUUUCCUCCAAAGGUAAGAUGAGCAGCCAUGAUCAGAAGAGCUUCUUCUGA